AAAAUUCAAUAUCAAGGAAACCUAACAAAGGAAAAAACCUAAAGAUUUUGAAGAAAUACCAAAAAGAUGCAUGGAUAGCAAAUAAUCAUAUAAAAAAGAUGCUCAAGAUCAUUAGUCAUUAGGGAAAUGCAAAUAAAAACACAACAAGAUUCUACACACCUUUUAGAAUGGUUAAAAUUAAAAACACUGACACUGCCAAGUGUUGACAAGGAGGUGGAGACCUGGAACUCUCAUACAGUGUUGGCAGAAAUGUACAAUAGUACCCCUACUUUGGAAAACUAUUUGACAAAUAAGCACAUUAAAGCACAUCUCAACACAUCAUUAGCCAUCGGGGCAAUGCAAAUAAAAAUACAAUAAGCUACUACUGCAUACCUAUUAUAAUGGCUAAAAAUUAAGAAAAAACUCACAACGUCAAAUGCUGGCAAAGAUGGAUAGAACUAGAAGGCUGGUACAUCGCCCAUGGAAAUGCGAGAUGGCCCCGCCCCUUUGAAAAACAGUCUGGCAAGUUAGACAUACACUUAGCAUAUGACCCAGCUGUGCCAUACCUAAAGGUUUACCCUAGAGCAAACUCCUUAUCACACAAAAACCUGUGCCCAAACAAUGUUUAUAGCAGCUUUGUUCACAAUUAUGAAAACCAGGAGACAGUAAAAAUGUCCUUCAGCCAUUGACUGAAUAAACAGAUUGUGCUAAAUCCACAUAAUGUAGGACAAUAAGAAGAAAUUAAUGCCUAUGUUCCAAACAACAUGGAUGAGUCCCAGGUGCAUUUUGCUAAGUGAAAGAAGCCAGACCCAAAAGGCUACAUAACUGCAUUUAUAAGACAUUCCAGCAAAGACACAGCUACAGCGAUUACGAAUCAGGGAUCACCAGGGGGUUUGGAUGAAGGGAGAAGUUGAUUACAGUGGGGCCACACAAGGGAAUCUCUGAGGGUGACAGUUCUUCAGUAUGUUGCCAUGGUGGUGCACAUGCAAUGCAUUCAAACCCACAGAGCUGCACACCACCACCUUAAUGAAGAAGGAUGAGGAAGAUUAAUAGUUACUCGGCUCUGUGAGGGCAAGAGAUGAAUUUCCUGUCCCUGAGGAAGUUAAGGCCCUCAACCUGCUUUUCGCUGACUUUUUUGCCCUUAUUAUUUCUGCCUUCUACUUCCCUUUAGGUUUGUGUUUUGUUUUGCUGGGCCACGUGCUCUCAAGAUACAUAGAUAGUGUAUGAGUGGCAAUUUUUCAGAACAGCUAUAUAUUAUCAGAAAUGCUUUAAUUUCUGUUCACCAGGUGACCUAGGGGAAUUAUAUAAUCAAAGUCAUUUUCCCUCAGGCUUUGAAGAUUUGGUACCAUGUCUUCAGGCGUCUUGAUUUGCUAAGUUGAAGUAGGAUACCCAUCUCUCUGGAACCUUUAUGUUUAGUGUCAGAUAUUUCACCAGUGCAACUAGACACGCACCAUUUUCCAUUCAUCUUGUCCCAUAAGUGGUCAAAAUUCCAAAUCUGAAGAUUAUGUUUCUGCUUGCUCUAAGGACUGUUCCCUUUCACUGCAAAUAAAGCGAUCCUAUUUGAUAAGCAUCAGAUCUUCUGGAAGUAUCAUCUCAUAAGUUUUCGUUUCUACAUUCCAUCUCUUGAUUAUGUGGGGCUGUGCUGGAGACGCUUCCUUGUCUAUUUUCCCAGUACAACGUCCCCCCUGUCCACUAGUGAGCCGCCCUGUUUGGGAGCAUGUCCCACAGCUGAUGAGCAACUCUGAUCCCACCUCAGCCCCAGGCGGCCCCAUCGCUGAGACUCGGAUUCACAUCCCUGACUUGCCACAUGACACAACGCCUGGAGAACGGGCAUGGUGGGCUGGACACUGGCAGGGAGCCCAGAAUCUAGAUUUUUCUGUCGUGUUUGCUUAGAGAACCAAACAAGGGUGAGGUCACCCAGUCCUCAACCAUAACAGGCAUAUUACAAGCGGCAAAGGCUUUUGUGUAAAUAAGCCAGAAGCAAUAAGAGCUCCUGGGAGUCACUCAAAACACUAACAAGGAAAAGGAAGGUUCAGUGAGCCUCCUGCUUGAACAACACACACACACCAGGGGGUAUAAAAGCUGGCACCUCACUCACACACACUCACACACACACACACCCUCCUCCAGCCCACAACCCACCAUGGCCGCCUCCACCCUGUCUGCCUGCUCCAGUGACCUGAGCUACGGCCGCUGGGUCUGCCUGCCCGGGUCCUGGGGCUCCUGCACCGGCCCCUCCUGGCAGGGGGACGACUGCCCCGAGAGCUGCUGCGAGCCCCCCUGCUGCGCCCCCAGCUGCUGCCAGUCCAGCUGCUGUGCCCCGGCCCCCUGCCUGACCCUCGUCUGCACCCCCGUGAGCUGCGGGUGCAGCCCCUGCCAGUCAGCCUGCACCAGCUCGUGCACACCCUCCUGCUGCCAGCUGUCUAGCUGCCAGUCCUCCUGCUGCACCUCCUCCCCAUGCCAGCAGGCCUGCUGCGUGCCCAUCUGCUGUAAGCCCAUGUGCUGCAAGCCCGUGUGCUCUGUGCCCAUCUGCUCUGGGGCUGCCCCCUGCCCAGCGCCCCCAUGCUGCCAGCCCACCCCCUGCCCCCUGCUCUGCUGCAGACCCUCCUCCUGCAUGUCCUUCAUCUGCCACCCCGUGUGCAGACCCACCUGCUGCGUGCCCGCCUCCCCCUGCUGUGCCCCCACCUCCCCCUGCCAGCCCAGCUGCUGCCGCCCGGCCUCCUGCAUGUCCCUGCUCUGCCGCCCCGCGUGCGCCCGCCCCGCCUGCUGCUGACCCACUCGAUCCCCCAGGCCAGCCGGGCUCAGGCCCACCCCGGGACUGGCCCUCUGAGCCUCCCCUCAGUCUGA